UCCGCCGCUCCUCCACCGCCCCCACCCAAAACAUGGCCAUGAACAUCCCCAUGGGAAUGAAUAUCAAGCCGUUGCCCCCACCCUCCCCUGCAAGCCCCACCGCCAUCAGCACCGCGCUUCUCGUCAGCAGCUGCGCGAAGCUAUUUCCCAUCCUCCUUGUCAUCUGGGGCCCGGACGGCAGCGGCAACGCUUUCACCACCACCACUACCACCGCUUCGCACUCUGCCAUCGAUCAAAUCGGCAGUAGUGCCAGUACUGGCUCACCCACAGCCCUCGACAGCAUCCUCACGCCUGUCGCAGCAAUCACCGCCGCCAUCACAACAGCCACACAAACCUCCUCCACAUCAUCGUUAUCAUCAUCGUCGUCGUCACUUUCCUCCUCCCUCCUGGAUAGUGUCAUGCGCGCACUGCCAGAGUCUGUUCCCACCGGCUAUCUCGCCGAGUUCUUCGAGUUAAUGGGCUCGCUGCUGUCUCUGGGUGCGGCGGAUUCGCAUCUUGUGCUACUGAGUAACAUCGAGGCACUGUAUAUCCUGCUGGGAUGCGGGUAUCUGCGGGCCGUGGCGUUGGCGGUGACGGGGUUGGUGGCGCGGUGGUCAGUCCAGAGGGUGAUCUUGGGGUUGGUCGGAGUUAGUUAGUCUAAGCUUAACGGGAAGAAUCAAC